UGCGCUCUCCCCGGGGAAUCCAGCUCAGCCCUGGCUUCUCCCGCUCUAGGUGCCCAGUUGCCUGGAGGGCUGUACCACGUGCUCACCCAUUCAUAAAUCCCCGGGGCUCGGAAGGUCUCCUUCCCUCAGCGCCACGCCGUUAGGUGGCGCUGUCGCCUUCCCUCCGAGAGAUGCUGGCAGUGCCGGCGCAGGCGCCAGAACCCCACUCUAUCUCUCCCCGCAGCUUCCCGGAACCUGACCAAUCCGUUCUCUGCUGAUGCCAUGUGGCCUUUAUUUUGGACAGCGUUUCGUGCCUACGCUCCCUAUGUCACGUUCCCUCUGGCCUUUGUGGUGGGGGCUGUGGGCUACCACGUGGAGUGGGUCAUCAGGGGGAAGUCGCCCCAGCCUAUAGAGGAGGAGAAGAGCAUCUCAGAGCGCCGGGAAGACCGAAAGUUGGAAGAGCUGUUAGGCAAGGACCUCACGCAGGUGGUGAGCCUUAAGGACAAGUUUGAAUUUGCUCCCAAAGCUGUAUUGAACAGAAAUCGUCCUGAGAAGAGCUAAUGGAGGGCCUUUCCAGGAGCCUGUGGAAGUGGCAGUCCGUGGCCACCAUCUCUGCCCCAGACUUCCUAGAUCCUGCGUAUGAUUUUCUCUGCUUCUUGUUCCUCUUCCUCCCUUUCCAGCUUCCCCCCCACCCCCUUUACUUUUUUUCCUCUUGAUCGCCAGGUUGGUUCCACCAAUCUCCUUGGGCAUUUUGCUGCUACCAUCCGAUGAUUAAGUUGCUGUCCAGCCUGAGGAGAGGCACCAUAAAAGAAAACUCGUGUUCCCGGCGAGGGAGGAUGCCCUCUGUCUCAUGGUGACUACAACUGCUUAAGUUUCCUGAGCUUGGAACUCUGUUCAAGGGAAGCCAGCUUUCAAGGGAGUUAUACUCACCAUGUCCCCAGUAUGAGUUGGCAUUGGCCCUGGGACUGGCCUUUGAUGACUAGUGAAAUAUCAGCUGUCAAUCUUUGGGGAGAGUUUUGAGUCUGGCUUCAUGUGAACACAACUGGAAGCUUUUGUCUCCUUCCAGAGGUUGUGUAGGGCAGUGGGAUGGUGCUGGCACUCCUGGGCCCAGACUGCGUUGGAGUGAAUUCUGAAAUCAGUCUGUCUCUUCUCCCAUCCCAUCCCCUCCCAUUCCCUGUUCUUAUUUGUCCUGGAAGCUCUCCCUUUAUGCCCUGGAAGGGGAUUGUAUUCCCAUGAGAAGGAGAGCAGGAGGCUGUGAGAGGGAGGCCAGGUUGUUCCACUGGGAGGAGGGGGGAGCACUCUCUGUUGAAUUUGCUUGAAAACACCCCCUUUCCUGUAGAGUACAAUCCAAUUAAACUGGAUCCUGAGAACCAUGCUGCCUCUAUUCUCCCUGCUGGUGUGAUGGUGGUAUAUGCACAGGAUGGAAGACCGUCAGUGACUGAGAAAGGCCUGCAGCCUGAGCCAUUGCCAGAUGAGCAGCAGCUGUUUUCCCAGGACUUUCUUAGCAGGUCCCUGGGACAGAGUUUCCCAAACUACAUUAACCAUACUACAUUUUAGUGGUUGUGAUCAGUUCUAGUCACCACAAGGGCCUGGAGGGACCAAAAGGAGUCAGGGAGGUUUGGGGAAAAUAGAAGAAAUUGUUUCUCAUUCUAUCAAGUUGCUGUACUUGAUAGCAGCAUAUAAUUUAUAAGCUAUAUACUGUUCUAAUAUUAGCCCUUUGGUCAGCACCAUCCCAGAGAUUGAAUUAGUCAUCUGGGAGGAGGACCUGAAAAGUGAUGCCCCUUUUCGUACACCUGUCAAAGAUUUGAAAACAUAGGUGUUGGGUGAAAUUUAAGGGGACAGCAACCACGCUUGUCAAAGGGAUGUCUUUUAUUCCUGUAUUAGCACCUGUCCUAGAGAUUUGGGCUUGGGGAGGUUUGAUACUGUUCUCACUUGAGUGAAAGUUUGAAAUGGCUGGGGCUGUAUUCUGGGAGAGCCUGAGGCGGGCUGCCAUUCAGAUGGCAAGCAUUUAUUAAACAUUCACCCUGUGCCAGGCUCUGUUUAAGUGCUGGCAGUCUGAGAAAAUGUGCCUGCCCCCAGGAGCUCACUUUGUCAGGGGGCAGACAGCAUGCAGGCAGCUAUGUUCAAAUAGGAUGUAGGCAGUGGGAGUUGGACAUAGCUCAGGCUAGAGUCAUUGGAACCCUUGCAUCAUCAUCUUGGGGAGUUACUGCUCCUGCUCCUGCUCCUGGGGGCGAGUUGGUCCUGGGAGAGCCUUCCACCUCAUUACAUCCUCUGUGGCCUGGGGCUCAUAAGCAUGGUAGAUCUGGAACAAUCUGAGGGAAAUCUGCCAGGAGCUGAAGAGGCUGUUUUUAGGCCCUGGAGGCUGGGAGUUGGGGUGGGGUGGGAUGGGGUGGGGGUCGGGAGGCAAAGAGAUUUUAUUUUGUACCACUCCUCCCUGUCUCCCACCCCUUGAAUUUGUAUGAUGGGUCAGGGCUGCCCCCUUGUGGUAGUAGUGAACACCAGAAGGCUUCUGAAAUGCAUAUGAUUAUGGAUCACUAUCAGGAAUGUUCCUUAGCAGGGAACUGAGACCCAGAGGGGAUGAGACAUGUCCAAGUAAAUAAAAAUGAAACGUAUAAGCUGAGCUGAGCUUUGAAACCAAGUCCUCCGACUCAAUCUAGUGCUCUUUUAAAUCCUGGGAUGUUUCAUCAGUGGAAUAAAAUCUGUAAGGAUCACAUUCUCUCCGGCCUGUUCUGAGUUAGGAACUGGAUUUGUGAUUUCUUUGACAGAAGGAACUCCUAAACCGGAGGCGCUCACCUUUUUUGCAGUUUGUGCCUAUAACAGGUGUUGGCUGUGCUGGCUGCAUGAGGCCCACUAUACUUCCAAGUGCCUGCCAAACUAGAUGAAAAUGUAAAUGGGAAAUAUUUAAACAGAUACAAUAAAACAUAGAUAAUAUGAA